CUUGGCAGCGCCGGCCACUUCAUUUCUUCUUUUGUUUGCCCCCAUUUUUUUUUUUCUUUUUUUUUCUUUUUUGGGUUGCACUUUCUACCAACGCUCAUCGCUGAUUUGUGUUUCUCUUUAGCCGCUGGCAAGAGUGUUGGUAUUGACCCAACCUUCUCUCACCUAUGAUGGAAUGAAUCCCAGGCUGUGGAGCAGCAGCAUCCCAGGUUGGUUCAUUUUGCAGGCCUUGUGGAGGAGCAUUCCACCGUAGGUUCGCAUGGUAGUGUGCGGCCCCCGGAUUUGCUCAGAUACUCGCUCAAUCUCGCGCGCUACCAGUCAAGCUCUAGAAUCUCGUCACAAUCAUACCUGACAACUAGUGUGCCGGUGGUGGAGAAGUAAUUCAGCAGGGCGGGGAGUAAUUAGAUCGAGCUGUGUGGAGGUGUGUGUGUGUGUUUGUGGGGAGAGCGAGGGACCUUGAGGUUGGUUGUUCACUCGAUUGAAUGCGGCUUUGUGGACUUUCCAAUGCGCGUCGCUGGGAUGUGCGGAGGUUGAGUCGCUGGGCGGCAGCACGGGAUAGUGUGUCCAUAGUAGCUUGAGGUAGAGUUUAGUGGUGAUCGGUUGUCAUGUUCUUCAAACUUGUAGAGAGUCGCAGCGCUGUGAGUGGUGGGAUGUUUUGGUCCCAUUGAGUGUUGUGCGUGUGUGUACGUGUGAGGGCGUAAGUUAGCACGCUCUGGGGGACGUCCAAUCUUCGAAGUUUUGGCUGCAACUCGUGAAGCGGUCUCCUUUUCAACCUGGUUCGUGCUAAUACUUGAGAGCGUGGGCUACUUCGAGUUUCGGACCUCUUUUUUUUUUUUUUUUUUUUUUUUUUUCCCUUUUUCCUUUGUUUUCGGUAGAUUAGUCGUAGCUCCUGAUUGAUCGCGGAGGUGAGUGCAGUCGUGUUUCUGUUGCGUUACAGCUCCCCCAUAGCUCAAUGGUAGCGCGAGACAAGAUAACUCUCCCGGGGUUGAUCAACCAUCCUAGUUACUAAUUUGGGGAUACUAUUACUCUGUGUGCAAUUGAGUGUGGGGGGAGUAGUAGACGUAUAGAUUGUAGUGAAUGGCCGGCAGUUUUCCGAUCGAACAGUCACUUCGAAUGUGCGACACCGAAUGCGAACUUGGUCAUAAGCACCGCCCAGCUGAUUUCAAUGGCGCUAUCCUUUCCUCUUCACCUCCACAUGGCAAGGGACAAAAGUCCGGUGGAAUUGGAUGGAGGACUCUUCGCCACUGCCAUGAGUCCUGCAGUAAGCUCGUAGUCGAAGCAAGUAAUGACGCCCUUCAAGCGCUCCGAUGCCGACCCGAUGGAGACCAGCUUAGGUGUUGAGUCGCUGACGGAAUACAUGUCGUGAAGAUUACAGUCCUCUUUUUUCCUUCAUCUCUCGGGGAUUCAGGGUUGUAGCUGGUGCAAUCACAAUUGUGGACAUGCAACCUAUCCUGAGCUGGACAGGGAGAAUCUCAGCUCACACUUUGCUGCAUCAGUGAUUAUCCGUAGUCAUGGAAAUGGUAACGGGGGAGAUCAGAACGCCGUCAUACCCAACCAUGCAGUCACCGCGAUACGGAGGCUGCGUGAGUGCUUUCUUUCAAUUGUUCGAGUGGAACCCCGCUAAGCGCUUCUCCUCCAAUAAAAGGCUGCCAGCAAGUAAAGCAGAGAAAGCGUUUCGAAGAUCAAGAAGUUUUUGCAGCGACCAUGGUUCGGCAUCGAAGUCGCGAAUGGCAUUUGAGUUGCAGAUGUGUGACGUUCAAGUGCGGGGAAACGGAGCAAAUCAACGUGACGACGUUCCUGCAGCUGCCGACGAGGAUGCAAGCACACGAGCCCCAGGCGUGGUUGCCCGCCUCAUGGGAUUAGAAUCUCUCCCGGACGGCCCUUACCAGCCCCGACAUAGCCAUCGCCGCUGCCAGAGCUACUCCGGAGAAGAAUUUGUUGCCCAAAACAUCGAUAGAGACGAACACCGCAGAUCGACGCCAGUGUUACUCCAGGAUUUGCUCAAGCGAGACUUCAAAAGCUCCAAGAAAACCCUGCGGGACAGAAUUCCAGGAUUUGCUAGAAAAACGCAGGAGCCAUUCGAAAGCAGGUUCACGAAACGAAGCGCGUCAGCUUUGAUUGCCCUUCGCUGCACCUCACGAGAGGACUCUUCGUGCAUAUCGCCGUAUGCCAUUGACAUCCCCGAAUUGCAGAGCCGUUUUUACGCACAGAAAGCAAAGGGUGGCAAGCAACCGUUUCUCUCUCGCCUUCCACCGUCAUCGCAGUUGGACACGCCAAGCGAGAGUCCUUCGACGAUCAAAGCAGUCAGCCAGCUUGUUGGUAAGAUUCCGGAGCUCGGCUUGCAAGGUAGCAAACGACACCAAAUUCUCCAAGGGUGGCCAUUGGCGGGGCAACACAAUGUCCCCCGUGAUAUUUAUCACGAUGAUGACAGCCCUUCUUUCUUGAGCCUGGAAAGCUCCCUGCAGGAGAGUUUCAAGAGUGUCGGUAGUCAACCUAUAACAGACUCUGCAACGUCGCAACUCUUCGUGUCAUAUUCUGGGAGCAAACUGCUGCCAGAGGGAGGAACAACGACCUCAUGGAACGGGAGCGAAGACAGCGAGACGACUCGUGAGGAGCAAAUGGACAAGUGUGCAAGGCAUUCUCGUAGAAAGCCUCGCGUUGGUAGAGCAACCUCGAAGAAAGCAACAACGCCUGUGCAAUCACAGUCACCGCCGCGUCACCGAAAUGGUCGAUCGAAAUCUGUCAACAGCAAUGUUGGCCGCCGUGAGGCGGCUGUGGGGGAAUUCAAAACUGUCAGACGAGGUUCUCUCCCGAAGGGUCCCAGAAUCACAAAUGUGGAAGCUAGCAUCAACCCAGAGUGUUCUAGAACAAGCUCAGUGAUAUCCCACGAGUCAUCGACAACGUCGCAAACCUCAUUGCCGGCAGGAAAUGCUAAACGAUCCGUCUCUUCAAGAGCGAGGGGUAAAAGUGCGAAGUCAGGUACUGAAGGAGCGCGUUCAGCUGUGGCCAAGUCUGCCUCGUCAUCAAAGCCUGUUCAACUGAAAACUGAUGCGACAUCGACAAGGAGCAAGGUUAAGGAGGAGGAUGAACAGCGCGUGGAGAAGAAUGAGACUGCGUCACGUUCAUCUUCCCGAUCUGGUGUGGCACCUGGAAAGCCUAUACCGAUUCAAGGAAACCGCGUCCCCAAGGGCAUAAAACAAAACGCGCAGCAGGAGAAGGCAGCUUCGAUGUCCGGCAGCCGUGUGUUUCCAGCUAUUAGCCCCUCCAAAGCGCCAGCUCCAGUUGCACAGAAUGAUCUUCCCAAGUCGAGCAUUCUCAGGUAUGGCAGACUCUUCGGGGGGCGAAAGGAAUGGGACAAGCCUAAACGGGGAGGUCGAGACGUCAACAUGCGGUCAUCGUCACCCACGCUUCAGAGAUUCACCGAGAAGGUGGCUAUGCAGACGACGAGCAAUACAUCGCAAGGGAAUCAUGGAACAAGCACGUCAAGCGAGGCAUCGGAGCUUCCGAUACAAGCUCCUGGCAAUAGAUUGAAGGGGGAGAAGCCUGAGGAAAUGGCUGUACAGAGUAGCACAGUAACACUGGACGACACUGACGCUACUCUACGCUUAAAAAAAAAGAAAUCGCAGAAUCUCAAGCAUUCGCGAGCACGCAGUGUGGAUGAUGUGUUUCCUGAGCUUCCCCUAGACUUCCUCCCUACUGUAGUCACCUCCGCGCCUGACGAAGUGAAAACAGACAGAGGUUUCCCGUCGAGUUCGCUCAGUCGGUCUGUAGAGUGCAUGUUUGGACAGGAGUUUUCGCCGAUGGAAGAAAAGAGCCUCGAUUUUGCAGAGUAUUUGCAUGAUAAUAGUGCGCUUGGUGGGCUUUCUCACAGCCCUUUGGUUGAAUCCCAUGAACUACAUUUUUCGAGGGAAGAGUAUUCAAGCGGAGCCUGUACACUGGGAAGAAUUUCAACGAGUCCUUUGGUUGAUUACGAGGAGCUUCGUUGCUCGCAGGAUGUGCUCUCCACUGGUCCUCUGACCGACUGUCAAAAGCUUCGUGCUUCGAGACCAGGUUCGGCUGCUUAUGUGGAGACCGAAAUCCAUACUGAACUCGUAGACCGAGAGUUUUUCGCAGCGGGGUCGGAUAGCAUCCUCUGGGAGGAUGACAUCGUUGAAACAAUCCUCAGUGCGCCGUGUUGUGAAAGGAGCUGCUCUGGCCCGUCAAUUUCCUCUCGAAGUGUUUCUUCUGAUGUUGAAGACGAACGAAACGAUGCGUGGAGUUCCUGCGCUUCCUACAACCCUGCAGACCACGAUUCCCCUAGCAGAACUUUUGAGUCCUCGAUUGUGCUGCAGCUUCCCGAGAUAGACGUGGAGCUUGAGUCGUCUCCAAUGUUUGUGAAAAAGACACUGGAAGGUAGUGCCGACGCAACAGCUUCGGAAGCAGAUGAGGCCGGGCAACCCAGCCCCGUGUCCAUCCUGAAUUCACCUUUCCUUGACGAAGCUUGCACUACUUCCGAAUCUAGUCUAACAGAGUCUCUGCGACAGUUCAACUCAGAGGUUGUCGACGACUAUCAGGGAACAGGUGAUUCAGACGUCCCCUCCAGUUAUCACUGCGCAGUUGAAAGCUCCAGCGCGAAAUCCAGCAAUGCCCACAAGAUCCGCCAAGCACUCUUGGACAUAUCUAUGUUCCGGACCUUGGAGGUGAGCUCGUUUGAUUUCAAGGAGCGGACUUCACUGGGCCCCGAAGAUGAGCAGAGCUUCGUCCGGGAAGUGCUCUCCGCCGCGCAUUUUCUUUGCACGCCUGGAUCGUCACCCAAUUGGUUCAGCCGCGACUUACCCAUGGAUCCGUCUCUAUUCGACGGCCUCGAAAGCGGCGAUAUUGAGGGUCUCGAACCCCCCCAAUCGUCAGGCGUCGUCGACAAUUGGUUCCAGACCUUGGGCGGCGAAUGGCGCUGUGAUCGAAAACUCCGCUUCGAUUGCAUAAACGAGGCGUUUGCCUUAACGCUGUGGCACCACAGAUGCCCGAAGGUAUACUUGCAAGAUCUUCACGCGUACAUUCCACGUCCCAGAGGGCAGAGCCUGGUAGAAGAAGUAUUCAGAAAGAUAAAAGAGUGGCGGAAGCUAGCGUCAUUCGCAAUAGAUUCUUUGAUCGAGCGGGACAUGAACAUGCACUUCGGCAACUGGACGAACCUGCAUCCCGAGGUCGCUGAAGUUGGAAUGGAUAUCGAGAGCUCCCUUUGGAAAUCCAUGCUUGAGGAGCUUGUGAUCGACAUCGGGUCAGCCUCAAAAAAGUGCCAAUCCUAUGUAAGAAACCAUCAAAUGUGAAACGAUUUACUGCAACCACGGUAGCGCAGAUUUUUGGACUGUUAGGAAUUAGGGAGAGAUUGACAAUCAUUCGACCGAGGAGCACCCCGGCUGGCCUUGUGUGUAGAUAAAUUACGCCGCCAGGGAGAAGCUGGCAAAAGACUGUUUUGAGGUUUAGGCCAUAGACUGACCCAUUUGAGACGUAUUUAUAUGGCUCCACUCUGCCGAGAAUUUGUACAUAAAAGGCCCAACACUACCCUUUAAUAAUUGUUGUGAACAUGCUUUAUGUGGUUCCUUAACAACUUCGAGGCAACGAGGAUUGUGUCCUCAUCUGCAACUCUGUGUCCUUGAAACGAAAAGGCCAGGGGCAGGUGAAACUCAUCAAUAGGGCGUCCACGUGCUGCCACCAUGUUGCAACAUGGCCGAAUACCCUCGGACCUUCCAGCAAACUCUUCUUUCCCUUCAGAAUGAAUAAAUUGCUCUUCAGCAUUCAGAUUACUGAAGCCUGUGCAAUAUCCUCGAAAUCCUCAGGAUCUCCUCGUUGUCGACCUCUGAGCUAAACUGAAACAAUGGCUAUGCCGAAACGAUCCACAGCUGCUGCAUCUUACGGUGUGGUAGGAGCACUACUAAUGAUCACCUUUGCCAUGGAGCUGGUGUCAGGUUUAUAUUUGUGCCCCACUCCUCUGGAAGUGUGGGCCACCCUGGAGUCAUGCAUGCCUUCCAUUGAAGGCCCACGCCCUGUUCCUCCGAAUGCCGGCUGCUGCUAUGUGAUUCGAACCACAGAGCCAAGUUGCUACUGCAACGCUUUCGCCGGCUAUGAGAACAGUCCGUCUAUCAACGAAAGGUACGCUAUGUCGCUGCCCGAGCAGUGUGGUCGCGUUAUGCCUGCCAACUUCACCUGCAACGGGAUCCGAGUUCCUUCGAGUGUAUUGCCACCAGGUCGCAAACUCAAGCUCUUCUAGUGAGCAACAAAGUCUUGCGUGGUGUGAGAUAUGUCGAUUGCCAUCAGAUUUGUGUGUAGGGGAGUAAAAAUUGCUGCAGAUUGCAGAGUGGGUUGUUUCUCAUUGUGAAGUAUGUGUGUGGGUCAAUCGUAGUUGGGCUGAUCUCAAGCUCAGGUUUGCGAGGAAGGGUAGCAGGAUUUGGUCCAGAGUGUAUAAACGAGUUUGAAUAAAUGAUAGGGAAGCGUGUUUAUA